AUGGCGAUGGAAAUAAUCUCUUUGUUUAUGAAUAGGGUGAUGAACGCAGGUCUAUAUGAGGGGAUUAAGAUUCCUAAUGAUGGCCCUUUAUUAUCGCAUUUAUGUUACGCAGACGAUGUCCUAUUCUUAGGUCGUUGGUCGGUUCAAAAUGCGGUCACUUUGAGUCGCCUUCUUCGGUGGUUGAACUUGGUUACGGGCCUAAGAGUAAACUUCCAAAAAAGCAAAUUGUACGGGUUUGGGGUUGAUGAAGAAGAAAAACUGCGGCUGGCUAAUGUGUUAAAAUGUGAAGUUGGAAAGCUCCCGUUCUCCUACCUUGGCAUCCCUAUAGGCGCUAAUAUGAAGAGAUCAAAGUUUUGGGAUCCAGUGAUCAAGAAAUUUUCAGCAAAAUUAUCCAAAUGGAAGGCUAAGUUUCUGUCUCUUGCGGGUAGAGUCACCUUGGCCAAAUCGGUUCUUGGUAGUCUUCCCUCGUAUUUUCUUUCUCUUUUUGUUGCCCCGAAAUGCGUGAUCAAUAAAUUGGAGAAGAUCCGAAGAGAUUUUGUUUGGGGAUUUUCCGAGUCGAUAAAAAAGAUGAGAUGGGUUCGUUGGGAAGGGAUAACGAAAUCUAAAAGAAAAGGUGGGCUAGGUGUAGGGAAUAUAAGAGAUUUCAAUAUAGCGAUGUUGACUAAAUGGUGGUGGAGAUAUAAGUCGAAUCCGAAUCAGUUAUGGGCUAAAGUUAUUAGCUCGAUUCACAAGAGUAGCUCAAAUCUUUUGAUCCCGCUGAAAAAAACAAUCCCGGGGGUGUGGAAUGACAUUGGCAAGAUGGAUAAGAUUUUAGACAAGGCUGGCAUUAGCCUUAUUCAGAACCUAGUAGAGGAAAAUGGGGUUUGGAAGUGGCGAUCUUCGGCUGAAGCGGGGUUCUCGGUUAAGCAGGUGCGGUGGGAUCUUGAAAGCUGUCGUGUGGCGUCCGCGGUGGUCGAUCCAGCUCUGCUUUGGAAUAGCUGGGCUCCCGGAAAAGGCAAUAUUCUUUUGUGGCGGGCUCUCCUCGGCCGUAUUGCUUCGAGGGAAGGUUUGGUUCGUAGGGGGGUGACUUUGCCGGACGUUAACUGCCCUAGGUGUGGGCUUGAUAUUGAAAGCUCAGACCAUAUCUUCAUCCGAUGUCUUUGGGCGAAAAGUAUAUGGUGGAAUGUUUUGUCUUGGCUGCGAAUUAGUUUUCCGUCGCAAUGUGAUUCGCUCGAAGAGUUAGUAAAGUAUAUAAAAGAGUGCCCCGGAAGUGCCACGUGGAAGCGGUUAGUUUCUACGGUUGUUAUCGCUACGGUUUGGAGAAUUUGGAGCGCUAGAAAUGCCAAAGUGUUUGAGGACCUAUUCAUCCCCAUCAUGAAGACUGUAGGUUUCAUUAAAGAAGACUCUUUUAUUUGGUUCUGCAAUAGAGCGAAGAAUAUGAAGCCUACUUGGGAGAAAUGGGUGUUGUUUGAUGUAGUAGAUCUGAUGUAA